AUGGCCUGGUGGGUUAUCCUUCUUCUCUGCGCUGGGAACUCAGGUGCCCAGUUAAUGGAUAUAGCCAGUAAAAGAGAACCCUACUUAGAGGAGAGUCUGUUUAAUCUUCUUCUAAGAUUGCAACUGGAGGAAACCUACGACACUUUACUUGUCUAUGGAGAAGAUUGCCUUUUCCACUCCCUGUCCAGACGUUUGGAUGUCUCCACAGUGCUGGUGUCUUCGGGAAGCACUAAUUUUGAUUGGAAUUUCAGCACCCUAACACUUGUACUUAGUUGUGGGUUUCAAGCCGAGAAAGAGGAAAACUAUCGAACCCGGAUGAAGCUGCAAACAAACAGGCGUCUAAUCCUUCUGAGGGAUGAUAUUCAACCAGAGACUGUAUGCGAAUAUUACACGAAAAAGGACCAGUAUAAUAUAGCCAUGGUAAAAGUCGACUUCGAUCAGUUUGGAGAAGUCAACUCCUGUCGCAUUUUUCAAGACCGAAAAUAUAAGAAGAUCAAUAUUUUCGAGGGUCAACACAUUUUCAUAGAACAAUUUCGAAACAUGCGCGGAGCUCCGAUCAGAACAAUCACAGACAACUUCGCUCCCGGAUGCAUGAUUUACAGAGACCCGAAAACAGGUGAAGAGAAGUAUACUGGAUUUCUGGCUAAUUUGAUAGUCCACUUCGUGAAGAAGGUAAAUGCCACCAUGGCUAUGCAGCUUAAUUUGAUUGAGGACGGAGGGCAAAUAUCGUUCGAUAGUAUUUCAAAUUGGACGUCGGAGGACCUUCUGGAUAUUGGCAUGAGCGAAGGCGCAUCCUGGGACAUGUCGAACUACGAUACGCUUUCUUAUCCGUACCUAGUAACAUCUCACUGCUUCAUGGUUCCUCUUCCGGACUUGGUGCCAUUCAGAGAGCUGUACAUGCUAAUCGUAGAUCCCCCCGUCCUGGCCGCGCUCUUUGUUAUAUUCUGCACCAUCUCGCUGCUCCAGUUCUACACCCAGAGGAAGUCCUGGCGCGGCUUGAGCCUGUCCGGCGUGCUGCUAAACGAUAUUUGUUUGAGGGGAUUUGUUGCUCAGCCGUUUCCCUUUCCACUUCAGUCCAGCAAAAAACUGAAACUGCUGUGCCUGAUUGUUUGCUUUACCAGCCUCAUGAGCACCACCAUGUAUUUGUCAUAUCUGCAGAGCUUCAUGUGUGGUUUGCUGCACGAGCCGAUGAUGCGCAGCGUACUCGAUGUGGAGAAGUCCAGGUACAAGGUGGCCGUACCCUGGUUCGAACUGGAUGUGCUGCUAAGCUUUAACAUCACCAAGGAGAAGAUGCUGAUCAUAGAGGACGCCGACCAAUUCGAUCUAUUGCGGAGGAGCUUUGAUGGUAAUUUUAUCUACCCGAUAGUGGAAGCACGCUGGAGCACCUUCAACGAACAGCAGAAACUCUUCGCCAACCCCAUGUUCUACUACUCCGAUUCACUCUGUCUAUACAACGUCGACACCUUGACUAUUCCUAUUCGACGACACCUGCCCUAUCGUGAUCUCUUCGAGGAGCACAUUAUGCGCCAGCAUGAGUUUGGCUUGCCGAUGUACUGGAUCGCUCGGAGCUUUAUGGAUAUGGUGACCCUCAAACUUACGCCGUUUCAGGACUUAAGUCCACCACGCCGGAAUGAUCAAAUCGAAAUAGGGGAUAUUGUUUGGGUUUUAGGCAUGUUCGGGGCUGGAUUAGGCAUAAAUAAGUACGACAUACUGUUAAUCUACGGAGAGGAUUGUGUUUUUCCUUCCCUAACCAGACGUCUGCCAAUAUCCACAGUGCUGGUGUCUUCGGGAAGCACAAACUUCGACUGGAACUUCGGCUCCCUAACACUUAUAAUUAGUUGUGGGUUUCAAGCCGAGAAAGAGGAAAACUAUCGAACCCGGAUGAAGCUGCAAGCAAACAGGCGUUUAAUCCUUCUAAGGGAGGAUAUUCAACCAGAGACCGUAUGCGAAUAUUACACGAAAAAGGACCAGUAUAAUAUAGCCAUGGUAAAAGUUGACUUCGAUCAGGACGGAGUAGUCCACUCGUGUCGAUUUUUUCAAGACCAAAAAUAUGAGAAGAUCAAUAUUUUCGAGGGUCAACACAUUUUCAUAGAACAAUUUCGAAACAUGCGCGGAGCUCCGAUCAGAACAAUCUCAGACAACUUGGCUCCUGGAUGUAUGAUCUACCGGGAUCCAAAAUCAGGUGAAGAGAAGUACACCGGAUUCGUGGCCAAUUUGCUAAACAAUUUCGUGGAAAAAGUUAAUGCCACCAUGGAAAUGCAGGUUAAUUUAAAUGAGGCCGGAGAGAAAAUAUCGUUUGUGAAUAUUUCAAAGUGGACGGCGGAGGACCUUCUGGACAUUGGCAUGAGCGAAUCCGCAUCCUGGCAUAUGUGGAACUACGAUACGCUUUCUUAUCCGUACCUAAUAACUUCCCACUGCUUCAUGGUUCCUCUUCCGGAUUUGGUGUCGUACAAUGACCUGUACUUGCUAAUCAUAGAUCCGCCCGUCCUGGCCGCGCUCUUUGUUAUAUACUGCACCAUCUCGCUGCUCCAAUUCUACACCCAGAGGAAGUCCUGGCGCGGCCUAAGCCUGUCCAGAAUGCUGACGAACGAUAUGUGUUUGAGGGGAUUUUUGGGUCAGUCGUUCCCAUUUUCCCGUCACUCCAGCAGAAAACUGAAACUGCUUUGUCUGAUUGUUUGCUUUACCAGCGUAAUGCUCACCACCAUGUAUGUGUCAUACCUGCAGAGCUUCAUGUGGGGCACUCUGCGCCAGCCGAUUAUGCUGAGCGUACUCGAUGUGGAGAGGUCCAGGUACAAGGUGGCCAUACCCAGUUUCGAAUUGGAAGUGCUGCUAAGUUUAAACCUCAGCGUGGAGAAGUUGCUGAUCUUCGAGGACGCCAGCCAAUUCGAGCAGUUGCGGGAGACCUUUAACGGCGAUUAUAUCUACCCGAUUACCGAAGUCCGCUGGAUCACCUUCAACGAACAGCAGAAGCUCUUCGCAUAUCCCCUAUUCUACUACUCACAUUCACUGUGUCUAUACAACGUCGACACCUACACUGUUCCCAUAAGACGUCACCUGCCCUAUCGCGAUCUCUUCGAGGAGCACAUUUUGCGCCAGAAUGAGUUUGGUUUGCCGAGGUACUGGAUCGAUCGAAGCUUUACCGAUAUGCUAUGGCUAAAACUUAAGCGGUAUGAGGACUUAAGUCCACCACUCCUGGAUGAUGAAAUCGAAAGCCACGUCUGCGUGGAGCUACCUGCCCAGUGCUACCUCAGGAACCCCUUGGAACUCCCUUCCCAUCCCAGCGAGCAGAUACCCAGCAGAUAG